AUGUCGUACACCACGCUCGUCGCCGUCUUCAUGAUCAUCGUUGUGAAACUGGCAUGCAGAAGACGCGCCACAAAGCCCGUAGUGCCAAACGACAAGACCUGGUUCAGACCACCGGCACGGUACUGUUGCCGGAACAAUUCCACCACCGGCACCUUGACGCCGGCCUUGGACGCCUGCUGGAUCUGUGCCACUAGCACAUCCAUGGGCAGCGUCAACGCCGCGCUGAACACACCACCAAUAAGCGACGAAAUGACCUGCUCGCUCGUCGUUAGAACACGGUCCGGGUUGUUGCGCUUGUAUACAAUGUUCUCGGCCUGCACAGAGAAGAAGAAGCGCGAAGACCAGUCGGCAACACGCUUAACAGAGAACAUGCCAGAGCCCUUCAUGAGCGCAGCCACACCUUCCUUCUGGAUAACCUUGACACCGAUGCGCAUGGAGCGUGACAUGGUCUCAAGCGGUGUCAUCUGCUCACGGAAAAUGGGGUCGGUCAUCACGCGCGUCUUAAGCAGCAGCGUGGGACUGAGCACGAAACCCUGGAAGCCACCACCGAUACCACCGGCAAUGACCUCGGCCGUGCCUUUGCCGAUCUUGUCGUUCUUGACAAAAGGGGUGAGUGCCGUACGGGCAACAGAGUGA